AUGAGCAGGAGCCGGAGCCGGAGCCGGAGCCUGAGCUGGAACCGAAGCCGAUGCCGACUCUGGGCGGAACUUGUUUUGCUCUUGCUGGCGGCACUAAUCCCGCUCCUGCAAGCCGGGAUUGUUACGGAUCCGGACACCAGCACCGCCAGCACCAUGGACCCGCAUUCGGAGGAGUCCUUGGCCAAGGCAGACGGGGUACGGAGUAGCGUCGACUGCAAAUUGACUUUCGAUGCGGCGACAAUGGACUCGUUAGGCUGCCACAAUGAGGAGCCUGUCGUCGUUGAGAAGCCGGGGGCGUGGCCGAGUGCGGGUGCAGGCAUGGGUAAUAAGCCGGAGGAGGAGAAGGAGGAGGAGGGCUUGGGCGAACAGGAGUUGCAGGCUGGCUCGCAGCUGCAACGCCACUUGAAGGCUCCGGACAGUCAGCCCAUCUAUGAAUUACAAUUGGUUGUUUGGCCGUCGGACAUUGAGGAUGGUGACGACUUUAGUCCGCCGCUGGCCACCACCACCGGAAGAACAACGACCACAAGUAGCACUCCCAAAGCCCCCGAAGCCACUAGCAGCGCCUCACCUAUUGAGCAAAUAUGGCCAUUGUACGAGGAUCAAUUGGUCGUAUUUCCGCAAAUGGACUUUGAAGAGGAGAAUCUUGAUUAUUUCUUCGAUGAUUCGGGGAGUCCACCUAGCCCGGCACCAGCACCAGCGCCAUCACCAUCACCAACCCCAUCUCCUGGUCCUGCUUCCACCAGUGUUCAUCCCACCGGCACGCCCACACCCACCCCCAUUUAUGUUGUGCAAAAUUAUCACGUCAUACAUCCCAAUGGCACCGAGGAGUACAAGCUAGUUAUGAGCAACGGUUUGGUGAACUACAAGAAGAUCUACACGAAAACCGUCAAGGAUCAGGUGAUCAAUGUCCAGGAGGGCUACAACUCAGUGCCCAUUCCAGGGCCAAAAAAUCAAAUUCAGACACAGUACUACAUAGCCGAUGAGCGGGGCUAUAAUGUCUAUCGAAUCGAGGUACACUACCAGCAGCCAGGACAGCCCAAGCAGGAAAGGCGGAAUAAGGGUAUAACAAGGGUUCAUAUGUGA